AUGCAUUUCCCAAUCUUUACCGCUGCCACUCUGGCACUCACGAGUGCUGUAUCCAGUACGCCUAUUGAUCCUCGCCAGGCUACCACUCUCAAUGCUGCUAUGAAAGCCCGUGGCCGCUCAUACAUUGGGACGGCACUGACAAUCCGCAAUGACAACACGGAGCAAGGCAUCAUCCGCUCUGAAUUCGGGUCUGUGACGCCUGAAAACGCCAUGAAGUGGGAUGCCACGGAACCAAGUCAAGGUCAAUUCACCUGGAGCGGUGCUGACGCGGUUGCGAACUUUGCGACGCAGAACAAUAAGCAGCUUCGAUGCCACACGCUGGUGUGGCACAGUCAGCUGCCCGAAUAUGUGAACCAGAUCACCAGCAAUGCCACGUUGAUGAGCGUCAUGGAAAACCACAUCCGGCAAGUUGUGAGGCGGUACAAAGGAAAGUGCACGCACUGCGAUGUUGUCAACGAAGCACUCAACGAGGACGGCACAACCAAAGACAGCGUGUUUCUCCGUGUAAUCGGGGAGCAGUAUAUCCCCAUUGCGUUCCGCAUUGCGGCUCAAGCGGACCCUAACAGCCAGCUCUACUACAAUGACUACAACCUCGAGUACGGAACGGCCAAGCAUAUUGGCGCCAUGCGCCUCGUCAAGCUCGUGCAGUCGUGGGGCGUCAAGAUCAAUGGCGUCGGCUUUCAGGGCCACAUGGUGUCCGAGCCGACGAGCACACAGGGCACCGUCACUCCCAGCGUGCAGGUACUGACCAAGUCGCUGCAAGAUUUGGCCAGUCUGGGCAUCGACGUCGCAUAUACCGAGUUGGACAGUUGUCUCAACGUGCCGCGGUGUGUUGGAAUGACCGUCUGGGGUGUUUCUGACAAAUACUCGUGGAUUCCCACGACGUUUCCCGGCGAGGGCUCGGCACUGUUGUGGGAUGCCAAUUUCCAGAAGAAGCCUGCCUACACGACGUUCCUGAAUGUGAUCAACGGACAGACCGUCACUUCGUCUUGAUUCAGGGUUUGGUUUCUAAAAAGGAUGUAGUAGUUCCAUGCCGGAGCAUGCGUGGAGACGGGAGCGCCUUUGUCUUGGAACUGUCGAGCUGCAAGAGGGGAUAUGGUUUUCGCUUGUUGUCGUGCUCGUACGAAAAAGAUGCAGUAUUCCAAUCGUAGCAAAUUGAUCGUCCAGGCCUUAGACCUAUUAGACGAGCAAGACAAGCCACAAGUCAUGUUGAUCCAGCUCUUCUCCCCAUCCACUUUUCCCCCCUCGCUUCUCUUUCCCUGGCAACAUGGUCCGUCUCUUCCUCGCCACCACCCCACUCCCCAAUCCUCGUCUUUCGGGGACCCCCAUAUUUCCGCAUCAAGCAAUUCUCAAUCAUCCAUCGAUCGCUUGGAGCCUCAAGGCAUCAUCCAUGAAAGCGCCAUACUUGAAUGCUCUCU